CGCGGCUGGAGCAGCGCGCGUGCCGCUCGCCGGGAGCCAGCCUGGCGUCCGGAGCCGCGGCGCAGCCGGCGCUGGCUAGGGGCUGCCGCCUGGGCACGCAGCCGCCUGCCGCGGUCCUCCGGGGCCUCUCCCGCGCCCGCCUCGCCCGCCGGGCCCCAGCAGGCGCCGCAGCCGUGGCCUGGGCAUGAGCGGCCGCUACUAGCUGCGCCUGGCCUGGGACGGACGCCGGACCGCCCCGUCACGUGCGCCCAAGUCCUCGGCCAGCCGGGGCCGCGCCGUUCCCAUGGUUCAAGGCUGUUGAUGGAGAAGGGGGCGGAUGACAGCCGGGACAGUGGUCAUCACCGGGGGCAUCUUGGCGACUGUGAUUCUGCUCUGCAUCAUCGCGGUUCUGUGCUACUGCCGGCUCCAGUACUACUGCUGCAAGAAGGACGAGUCGGAGGAGGACGAAGAGGAGCCGGACUUCGCGGUGCACGCACACCUGCCCCCGCUGCACUCCAACCGCAACCUGGUGCUCAGCAACGGGCCGGCGCUCUACCCGGCCGCCUCCACCUCCUUCAGCCAGAGGUCCCCGCAGGCCCGCGCCCUCUGCCGCAGCUGCUCCCGCUCCGAGCCGCCCGCCUUCUUCCUGCAGGAGCCGGAGGACGAGGGCGUCAGCAACGGGGGGGAGCGCGUGGCCUACAGGAGCAUCAGCCAGGAGGACGUGGGGCCGCCGCCCGGGGCCUUCGGGGGGCUGCAGGCGCUCAACCCCAACCGCCUGUCGGCCAUGCGGGAGGCCUUCUCCCGCAGCCGCAGCGUCAGCACCGACGUCUGAGUGCGCCCCCCACCCCCGGCAGGGCCUGAGACCAUGGCGGGGGGUCCCCGCCUGGCCCCGGGGCCCCGAACAUGGCGCUCCUCAUGUGCCCAUUGUUGCGGGCGCUCCGGGGCUCCCUGAAGGGGUCAGACCCUGUGAAGGCCGGUGGGGCCGCCCCGGGCAGCAGCCGCCGGGGCCUGGGUCUGCAGGGAGGCAGGCGUGAUGCGGGCGCAGGUGGGGCCUCCAGGUGCCCGGGCAGCAGAAUGAGGCGGGGCUCUGGGGCGUGGAUGCUGGGCUGCGGAUGCCAGGGCUGCCGUCAGGAAGGGGCCAGGGGACGGGGACUCCCUGGGUCUCGGUUACCUACUUGUUUAAGGAUGACGUGGCGGCCGCCAGGCUGGGGCCCUGCAGCUCAAGCCUUGGGGGCCAAGUCUCCUGUCCCCCUGAAUGAGGCCCCCCCCGCCAUCCCCACACACCCCAGCUUCCACUGCAGCUGAGACCCUGCUUGAGCCCGCCUCCCUGCUGAUGCCCAGAGAAAGGGGGAGUUUCUUGGGAAGUGCAGCCCCCAACUGGCUUUUUGGUGGAGUGGGGAGGAGGCCGUGUGCCAACACUCCCACUUCAGAAGUAACACACGCAGCCCACUCCUCAGCCCUGACGUGGCCAGGCGGACAGAGCCAUGCACCAGAGGCGGAAAGCCCCACCGAUGCCCCAUGGGACCUGAGACACCCUCCCACCUGGCGGGUCUCAGGAGGACCUGGGAGCCAGGCCUCAGGCUGCCCUUCUGUGCGCUGGCCCCCGACCCCCCGGCCCCCCGGGUGAGGACAGCUGAGCUCAGCCCCCACCAGGCCCCCUCAGGCCCAGCGGCUCCUCCCUCCACCCAGCCAGAGAGCUGCCCCAAACCCAGGGAUGCCUGCCGUGACCCAGGGGCGCCUGCCGUGGGGAACACAGCCCCCCGCUCAGAGGCCCUGUCUCCUCUCUCUGCAGCCUGGCCCCCAGAGCCCCCGCCCUCUCCUGGGCCCGCUCUCUCUCUCUCUCUCUCCCCCACUGCCUCUGGGCCCCACCAUGGAGCACCCCCAACACCCCCGUAGGGCAGCCCCCGUCUGCCCAAGAAGACAGCCCGAGCCCCCCAGCCAAGCGGGCUUCCCGGAAGACGAGCUCCAAGGCCAGCGGCUUCCCCCGGCGUGGGCACCACAGCUCCCGCUCUCUCGGAAGCGCUGCUGAGCUGUGACUCCGGACGUGAGCAGAGUUAGGAAGACGUCCUAUUUCGGGCAUUCUCGAUUUUUUUUUCCCCUCGUCUUCCCUUCGCCUCCUGCCUCCGUUUGGACUCGCUGAUGGAUUCAUGCCCAAGCUUCCCGUUCCCUUGUCAGACCCCACGAGUUUCUUUCUGAUGUAUUGGCUGGGGUGGGGGUGGGGAGGGAGGGGGGUGGGGGAAGGGUCCGGAGGUGGCACUUCUCGUGGCCGUUCUGUUCGGUCUGCUGUUUCCUUGUCUGGUCUCUGGCCUCUGUAUAGAUUCCUAGAUCCAUCUGACAUCAUCAACACGCACACACCCAUCCAAGCUCUCCCUCAGCUCCGCUGAGGAGACUGGGGGAGCUACCUGCUCCCCGACAGAAUCGUGAGCCAAUAAAACUCUCCGACACCUCG